GAGAUGGAUCCGGCCACCUUUAUCGACCCCAAUCUGACGCCGCAGGACCUUUUGGUCUUGAAAGAUCUCCUGCGCGAUGAUCAGACGCGCGAGGUUGGGUUUUUAGGUAUUUCCCCAUUCUCGGCUCGUCUCGCUGCUCAAGCUGAUCGUCUAGACGACACUGACGCCAUUAUCCAUCGACUGCAGAGCGUCAACAACCCCCAGGAUGCAGAGUUCGAGCCCACGGUGUUUGUCACCUGGGAUACGCCCGUGGUGCAUGCCAAUCUGCCGCCGCUGGUCGACCGCUGGCUGUUCCGACCGUACAUCCGCUGGGCGCGUCGGCUGGUGCGCGUCGAGACGGACGUCGUGAUGCUGACGCAUCUGCUGCUGUACCUGACCACCUCGGUGCCCAGCGCGCUGUGGCUGUACGGCCGCUUCUCCUGGGUGCACGGCGUGCUGCACGCCCUCAUGCAGGGCUGGUACGUCGGGACGUACACGCUCAUGAUGCACCAGCACAUCCACAUGGGCGGCAUCCUGUGUCGCCAGUUGGCCUGGCUCGACGCCCUGUUCCCCUACAUCACGAACCCGCUCAUGGGCCACACCUGGAACUCCUACUACUACCACCAUGUCAAGCACCAUCACGUCGAGGGCAACGGGCCCGACGAUCUGUCCUCCACCAUCCGCUACCAGCGCGACGAGCUGCGCGACUUUCUCUGCUACGUCGCCCGCUUUGUCUUCCUCGUCUGGUUCGAGCUGCCGCUCUAUUUCUUCCGCAAGGGCCACUAUCUGCAGGGCUGCAAGGCCGGCGCCUGGGAGCUGGCCAGCUACGCCUCCAUCUACGCCCUCUUCCGCUGGGGCAAUGCCCGCGCCACCGUCUUUGUCUUCAUCGUGCCUCUCGUUCUGCUCCGCAUGGGCUUGAUGAUCGGCAAUUGGGGCCAGCAUGCCUUUGUCGACGAGAUCGAUCCCAACUCCGACUUUCGUUCCAGCAUCACCUUGAUUGACGUGCCGGUAGGAUCUCCAAAAGAAAAGAAAACCUUUAUACAAAUACCUCUCACCAUCUCAACCCCCGCCGGCACUGGCGCGACCAUCCCCUGGCCUUUCUCAAGCAGAAAGACCGGUAUGCCGCCGAGCACGCGCUCGUCUUCCGCAACAUCGACUACCUGAUGAUCACCUUCAAGCUCAUGCAGAAGGACUACCUGCACCUGGCCAAAUGCCUGGUUCCCAUGGGCGACCAGAUCGCCCUCUCUCUCGAGGAACGAGCGGCCUUGUUGCGCACCAAGACCCGUCGUUUCUCAGACGAGGAGAUUAGAAGAAAAUUCCCUUGAAUCAUUUUAUCAAUUUUGUUGGAGAUUCAACAGGAUCCCGCCGCUGAGGCCAUAUAUACUUUUGGAUAGACUUAACUAAUCGCAUUGAUUAUUGAAAUAAUACUAUUGGAGAACCAGUAUCUUCCCCUG